UGGGGUCGUGAAGAGUCAGACACGACUGAGCGACUUCACUUCAAGGCAAAAUGAGGUUCAAGGGAUGGACCCUAAUCCCAAAGAACUGGUGACUUUAUUAGGAGAGGAGAUUAGGACAGAGACAGGGGGAAAGUCCAAAUAAGAACACAGCAAGAAUGUGACCAUGUGCAAGCCAAGUAGAAAGGACUCGCAUGAAACCAGGCCUGCUGAUACCUUGAUCUUGAACUUCCAGCCUUCAGAACUGCAAAAAAAUUAAUUUCAGCUAUUUUGUUAUACAACCUUAGCAAACUAACAACUAUCAGUCUCUUUCCAGACCUACUGCAGAUGUAAUGUACCAUCGUGGAUAGCUAGCAAUUCCCGGUUUCCAUAUCAUAGAAGCCAGACAGGAAUUGUUCUCAGUGUGUUCCAUGAUGCUUUGAAAUCCAAAGUGUAUCCAUGGGACCAGCUCAGCUGUAAGAAAGUCCUUUAUGAGGUCAUCAUCCUACUCUGGCCAGAGGGAGAUAGGCAAGUUUCAAAAAAUACUUGAAGACCUACCAUGCCUCACUUUGCAAAACCUCUUUUGAGAAACAUUGUUAUCAGAAAUCUAUUCAAUAGCAUCAAGAGGAAGCAAUGUCUCCAGUAUUUGCAAACACUGAGAACAAUGCAAUAUGAUGGGUUUACAACAGUAUAUUUUGGGGAAACCGAUAUCCCUGAGAGUCUUGUAACUGGGGAAGAUUUUAGUGAUGGUUAUUACAUGCCAACUCCAACCUGGUGUGUUGUGCAUGCUGGUGGUAGUCAAGGAUGGGUGCCGUGGAAAUAUCGAAUGUUCCUAAGGGAUGAGUUAUGCGUCAAACAGGAAGACAACCUCUUCUUUGAGUUCUGUGAUGUGGUGAAGAAGACCUAUGGCAAGCGCGCCGUCGUGGUCAAAGAGAGAAGGCGGCAGGAUGAGAUGAGGCCGAAGGAAGGCAGAGAUGAGGCCCAGGUCCAGGUCCCCUCAGUGGUUAACUUGACAAGCGUCACGUGUUGUCCUGAGGUAGCCAAGUCCUACGGCCAUAAAUUACUCGCUCUGCCUUCUCCUUACAGUUACCUGAACCCUUUAGACUCAGCCUGGUCUUCUCUGAAAUGGUUCAUCAUCAAUAGCAGGAAGGAGUUUUCUCUGCAGUCCGUGGAUGGUGUCUAUUCUUACCAGUAUAUACUCUUCAGUGAUUUAGUCAGCAAAGGAAUUGAAAGGAUGAACCUCAGCAAGUGGAGGACAAUAACUAACAAAGUGCGAAGAUGGGAAAACUACUAUCUUGGUAAACUUUCCUAAGGUGGUGAUCCCUCCAACCAGUGGUAGGAUGGUGCUGUGGGCAUGGUCUUUACUGAUUCUGUUGGCCUUGAUUCUGGACCACUGUGGCCAAAGACACUCUAAUAAUGACCUCGCAGGGAUCCUGUGAGAGCUGAGGUUCCUGAGGGCUUUGAUAAAGUGCUUAUGGUUUGCUGAGGGGUUUCAUUAAAUCUUGUUGGUAAAUUAGUAA